CAAUCCCGCGAGGUCAGAGGUUCUGAAACUUCCUGGUUUCACGAAAGUCGGAGAAAUCUCAGAAUGACUCAGGGAAUCUGUCGUGCGUAAAAUGAGUCAGGUUUUAUUUUGGAUCCGGACGUCUGUUCGUGCCUUCCACCGUCGCCCUCCAUGUGCCUUUCCCGUGGCCAGUAGUCGGCGGAAGUGUGUGAGUUUGUACGCUGUACUGCUGCAGACCACGCUGUUUUUUCUCCGAACUCCCACCGUACCAGCCAGGAUGAGUAUCAUGGUCAGGACUUUAUCGGACGAGGAAACAGGAGAGAGCAAGCCGCCACCAUCUGUCGGCAUUGAGCUUCAGGACGACAUGACGGUCCAGACGGCGCACAUCGGGGAGGUCCACGAGGUUCCGAUACACGUGCUGAUCAGACCCAUCCCUCCCGUACUCAACCAGGAUAAAGUACAGUCCCUCAUGGAGGCCAUCAAGGACCCGGCGCAGAGACAGACGAUCCCGCCCAUCGAUGUCCUCUGGAUUACCGGCAGACAGGGAGGGAAUUAUUACUACUCGUUUGGAGGCUGUCACCGCUACGCUGCAUUCCAGAGACUUCAGGAGGCGACCAUUCCCUGCAAACUCAUCAGGUCCACAGUACAGGACCUCAGGACUUAUCUAGGGGGGUCUACACCUGACUUACUGUAGGGAGGGGGGGGGAGGGUUGAGGGGGGGUCGGUUGCAAUUGGUAACAGUUGGUGAUAUUAUCAUGUAUGGAAUCAAGUCAGUAUGGCUUAACAACUCUUCUCAGUUACAUUUACAUUGUGCAUCAUUGUUCAAAAUAUGUUUUGUUGCCAGGUUGCCCAGUGGGCAACCUCACCCAAAUGCUAGGUUCCACACCCAAAUGCUAGGUUGCACAUCUCAAAGUGGUCUGAAAGUGUAUUUUUUAAGUGUAUUCUUUAAGUUUUUCAAUUGUUUAUUUUGCUUACGUUAGUCUAGAUGACAGGAGUGUAAAGAUUUUCAUACAUGUAGUAAGAAGAUUCGCACACAGAGGAAAAAUUCUUCUGGAAACCAGCGAAUGUGGAUAAGUUGAACAAAAUCAUGAAGAAAAAUUUGAAAGAAUUGUACAUUUUCAUCCUUGGUGCAGUGACAUUGGUAGACCACUCACAUAACACUUGGUUUCUCCACCUUGAAACUAGUUUUAAACUACAACGUAUUCAAGUUUUGCCAAACAGCAUAUGGUUGCACAGCGCAAUUGGGCAACUGGUAGUUUAGCCCAUGUGUAAGCUAAUAUUUUAUACUGUAAAUAUAUUAGGUGAAUUUUGCAUAGGUUUAGAAAUGCUGUAUAAAUGGUGUCUAGUCAUUAUAUUGUAACAUGGACGUGUCUUAGGGUGGACAAAAGGGAGGUACGUUCUAACAUUCUGCCUUUCUUUGGUAAAUGAUCAUUAAGCUUUUUUAAAACUGUGUGUUUUUAAACACGCAUUCACCAUACACUGUGUAUUUUCUCUUUUUCUACCUUCCUGAUCACUUUGAUUAGAAAGAUUCUUUU